AUAUCUUGCAGAUGAUCUGCGUCUAAGAGCCAGCUCGUAUUCCACUCUCUUUGGUCAACGAGUCACUGAAAGAAGGGCUCACCAAAGGAAUCUCCACCUAUAAGCUAAAUACGUAUCCAUGGUGCUUGGCCCUAUGAAGGAAGUCAUCCCAUCUCUCUGCUGAAGACCGGGAAAAGCGGGUUUCAAGCCAAGACUCAGGCUUCUCGCACACCUCCUAGAAUCCCUAGUUUCCAGUCAACCAUGGAGACAGGGGGGGGUAGUCAGAGGGGAGCAUCUGGAUCACUGACAACCGUACCUUGCAGGCAAUUGACCCCCCCCCCCAACAUGCCACAAGGAGCUAUGACUGGUUAUUGUUACACCAGGAGCCCCUCGCGGCUUGCGAGGUAAUGGCGCCAGCCAAUGACACCCUCCAGAAGCCAACACGAGACCACGAGACAAAGAACUCCCCUUGGACCACCGCCAUCUCGAAGUGAGGUCUCUGGAACUCCUUGUAGAUUUCCUCCUUCCCUUUGUUCUCUAGGGCACAUUCUGCCUCCUGUUGCCGAAAACUCGUCUUUUGUUUCCAAGGAGUUGAAGGAGAGAAGAAGUUCAGUGUGAGCCCUAAGGCUUGUAGUCUUGUGCCAGUGCUGAGGAAUGAAUUGCGAUUUCGAACUAGGAUUUCUUUGGGAAUGGGUAAUUGCUACCUCGUAGUGGUGUCUCUGGUCUCGGUUUUCUAUUGCUUCGAUUUCGAUGAUGAUGGGAGGUUGAGUCGUAGGAGGGGGGCUAGAGGAGCCGCCAAUAAUUCAGUGGGAUGGGCCAUCGAAAGUCGGGUCAAGUCGGUGUAUUUGGCAGUGGUAACUACUUGGUGAAUCUGUCAGUGCCUUAUCUCAGUCCUCGACAUUCUUGUACUCUCCCACUUGCCAGUGUAGAAGACUUCUCCUCUGGGCUGAUUCGCUAGCAGGAUGGCUUUGAUUCGCAGCUCCUAGCAUGGACUCAACCAUCUACCACCCUUCUUGCCCUCUAUGCCGCUGUUGUGUGAUCC